AUGGCAUUGAGCACCAAACUGCUACCUACUCCAAUUAUGUCCUUUGAGAAUGUAUGCAUCCGUCUAUUACAAGAAUUUCAUUCUUCCCCUAUUGGUGGGCACGCUGGGAUCGCUCGUACUUUUCAUCGUCUUUCAUCUAUUCAAGCUUUUGUGACUGCUUGCCAAGAGAUCGUUAUGGACCUCAUCACUAGCCUUCCGAGUUCUAUGGGGAAGGCCACAAUCAUGACUGUUGUAGACCGCUUGUCAAAAUAUGGGCAUUUUAUUCCAUGGCCAUCCACUUUCACAGCGCAUUCUGUUGCUUUUGUUGAUAAUGAAAUUAAUAGACUCCAGGGCACCUAUCUGGCUAUGAGUACAGCGUACCACCCGCAAACUGAUGGCAAUGCUGCAAAUGAUUUAGUCGAGAAGUACAUGCUGAAGAAAGAUGAUGUUUUGUGGGUAGGAGUCACUUGUGACUACCGUCACCAGAGAGUGAAGUCCUUGAAUCUAUCCAGAAUGGCUCUUACCGACAGGACUCCUCGUGAUUUUGGAAACCUCACAUUUCUUGUUUCUCUUGAUUUGCGAAGGAACAAUUUCCAUGGAAAUUUGCCUCAAGAAAUGGUACGCUUACGUCGGCUUAAAUUUCUUAAGUUAAGUUUCAACAACUUGAGAGGGGAAAUUCCUUCUUGGUUUGGGUUUUUACACCAACUUCAAGUUCUAAAUCUUGGAAAUAAUAGUUUCACUGGUUCCAUUCCUCCGUCACUCUCAAAUGCCUCAAGGUUGGAGACUUUAGAAAUAUCUGCCAAUUUACUUGAAGGAAACAUUCCGGAAGAGAUUGGCAAUCUUCAGAACCUGAAAUUCUUGUCCAUACAAUAUAAUAAGCUUACGGGUUCUAUACCAUUCACAAUUUUCAAUAUUUCUAGUAUCCAAGUCAUUGCAUUUACAAACAAUAGCUUAUCAGGAAAUCUUCCCAAUGGUUUAUGCAAUGGUCUCCCGACACUCAAAAAGCUUUAUCUAUCAACAAACAAACUUCAUGGUCAUAUGCCUACAAGCUUGUCAAAUUGUUCACAACUUCAAAUAUUGUCUCUAUCCGGAAAUAAUUUUGAUGGACCAAUACAUAGUGAAAUUGGAAGA